ACACUGCUGAGAAAUUCCCAUAUACACGGAAAAAUAUAUGCUACGCCCACUUCCAUCCAAACCUUAUCAAAUAAUAUUUCGUACUGACACUCUUCCCCCAUUUAUUGCUCUCACUCUUUAUUGUUUUUGGCUCUCAUUUUCCAUCGCUUUCCUUCAACCUGGAAACUGUUUGUUUCCCGAGAAAAAAAAAUUAAAAAAAAAAACCAGUUAGACAAAUCUAUCUAUCUAUAUAUAUAUAAUAGAUAACAGAUCAGGCAGAGCUUAAUUAGCUUAUAUAUUUGUUGUAAAGGGAUAAAUUUAAAAGUACAAAAAUGGAGGUAGAGAGGAGAAGAUCGAGAGAAGAUGGGGAUGAGGAAUCUGAAGACGACGAAGUGUUUGAGGUUGGUAAGGACGAUGAAGUGAGAGUGAGAUGGAGUAAACAAGAAUGGUGGAAAAGGAGAUUUCCAUUGUUGAUGAGGAUGGAGUCUGGAGUCAGUGGAUCAGUCGCAGGAGACUCCACUGGUUUCACUUUCAGGAACAAUGCUCGCACCGUUUCUUCCACUUUGGACCGCUUUGUUAUUCAUCCUGAUAACUGGUGGUACGUGGCAUGGACCCAUUUCAUUCUGAUAUGGGCAGUCUACUCUUCAUUCUUCACUCCAUUGGAGUUCGGCUUCUUCAGAGGACUGCCGGAAAAUCUUUUCCUUCUCGACAUUGCUGGCCAGAUUGCUUUCCUCAUCGACAUUGUUGUUCGCUUCUUCGUUGCCUACAGAGACCUUCACUCGCAUCGCAUAGUCUAUGAUCGAAAACUCAUUGCUUUUAGGUACUUGAGGUCUAGGUUUACUGUUGAUUUAUUGGGAUGUCUACCUUGGGAUGCUAUCUACAAGGCUUCAGGAAGAGAAGAGGUAGUAAGGUACCUAUUAUGGAUUAGGCUAAGUCGAGCUCUGAGAGUGACAGAGUUUUUCGAGAAGUUGGAAAAAGAUAUCAGGAUUAAUUACCUGUUUACAAGAAUUACAAAACUUUUUGUUGUUGAGCUUUACUGUACACAUGCAGCUGCUUGCUUCUUUUAUUAUCUUGCUACCACUUUGCCUCCAGUAAAGGAAGGAUACACAUGGAUAGGAAGUUUAAAGAUGGGUGACUACAGCUAUACCCAUUUUAGAGAAAUUGAUCUUUGGAAGCGUUACAUAACAUCGCUCUAUUUCGCUGUUGUUACUAUGGCAACUGUUGGUUAUGGAGAGAUUCACGCUGUCAACAUUAGGGAAAUGAUAUUCAUCAUGUUUUAUGUCUCAUUUGAUAUGAUUCUUGGUGCUUAUCUGGUUGGUAACAUUGCAGCAUUGAUAGUAAAAGGAUCAAAAACGGAAAGGUUUAGAGACAAGAUGGCUGAACUGACAAGGUACAUGAAUAAAAACAGUCUUGAGAAGAAGAUGACUAGGGACAUCAAAAGACAUAUGAGAUUACAGUUUGAUCGCCGCUAUACUGAGGCUUCUGUUCUCAAGGAUAUUCCUGCCUCUAUUCAAACUAAGAUUUUUCAGAACUUAUAUGAGCCAUUCAUCAAAGAAGUUCCUCUUUUUAAAGGUUGCUCUCCAGGAUUCAUUAUGCAAAUUGCAACAAAAGUUCAUGAGGAGUUUUUCCUCCCAAACGAAGUGGUCAUAGAGCAGGGAAGUGUAGUAGAUCAGCUUUACAUUGUAUGCCAUGGUGAGCUGGAUGAGGUUGGAAAGGGUGAAGGAAAUGUACCUGAAGAGUUACAUGCGCAUCUUGGAGCCUUCAGCUCAUUUGGCGAGGUCUCAUUUCUUUGCAACUCCCCUCAGCGUUAUAAUGUUGUGGUUCGCGAACUCUGCAGGGUUUUGCGGAUUGAUAAGCAAUCCUUUAUAGAAAUCCUAGGGAUAUACUUUGUAGACGGGCGAAUUGUCUUGAACAACCUUCUUGAGGGUAAAGACUCCACCAUCCGGAAGAAGCUUUUGGAAUCAGAUAUUACACUCUAUAUUGGAAUUCAUGAACUAGAAUUUGCUUUGAGGGUUAACUGUGCUGCCUAUGUUGGUGAUCUUUAUCGAGUAAAACGUUUGAUUGGAGCUGGAGCAGAUCCAAAAAAGACAGAUUAUGAUGGAAGAUCACCUUUGCACGUUUCUGCAUCCAAAGGAUAUGAAGAUAUUACUGCUUUCCUAAUUGAUCAAGGAGUGGAUGUCAACAUGUCAGAUAAGUUUGGAAACACUCCCUUGAUCGAUGCCAUCAAGAAUGGUCAUGAUCAAGUAGCCUCCUUACUCGCCAAGGCAGGGGCAACACUUACCUUCGAUGAUACUGGUGGUUUUCUCUGCAAUACUGUAAUGAAAAGAGAUUUGGAUCUUCUUAAAAGGGUUUUGGCUAAUGACAUCAAUCCAAAUGCCAAGAAUUAUGAUCUUAGAACACCACUGCACAUAGCUGCUUCAGAAGGGUUAUAUACAAUGGCAGAAUUACUUCUAAGUGCAGGAGCAAGUGUCCUAGCAAAAGACAGAUGGGGAAAUACUCCGCUUGAUGAAGCCCGUAUAGGCGGAAACAAGAAUUUGAUCAAGCUGCUUGAAGUUGCAAAAACUUCCCAGUUGUCUGAGUUCUCUAUUUCUUCCCAAGAAUUUCAAGUAAAAGACGAGAUUCGAGAAAGAAAUGUAUAAUACCUUCUCUUCCUUCCAACGGAAACAUAAAGAAAAAGAGCUUUUCAUGGGUUCCACAGAGCACUCCAACUUUAUCAAGGAAGCUGUGGAGCAGUUGAAAUGUCCUGUACCUCCUUUACAUACAGAAAAAUUAAUGGUCAUGAAAUCCUUGGCAUAUACAUGAUUAGCAAAUUUUAUCAGAGUACUGUAUUUGCUUACUAAGGACAAUAUGGUACUUUGUUAUACCCAAUUGCAAUAUUAAUGCUACGUAGCUAUGGAGUAUUGAAAGCUAUC